UUAAUGAGAUUUUCGAAACACACAGUUUCUUCUAUGUUUGCGCACUAAAAUGUAUCGCUUAGAAACUACUAAAAGGUUUUUUCUGCGGCUAUCAAGACACCAUUCACAAGCAGCGUUACAAAAUGAAUACUCCGACACUCCCGAGUAUCCGGAAAUCUUAGAUAAUUCUUUACAGGGCAGAAAGAUACGAGUCAGAGAAGCCCUAUUUGAGAAAAUAAAACAAUUAGAGACUGUUGAAGAAAAACAAAUAGCCCUUAAUAUGCCUCGUUUCUACGGCUGGAAAUGUGUCAUGUUACGUGAUGAUAAAAUUCCAUUUAAUGCUAUGCCUUUGGUUCAAUGUUACACAAGAAGCCAUUUUAUUCCUGUAGAAAAUCUACCUGAUGCUUAUUGCGAUACUGUUAAACCUGCAGAAGAAAUAUGUAAAGAAGUAAAAUCAUUUAUCGAAGAUGCUAUAAGUAUAGAAAUGGAAGGAGUGGCACGCAAUUUAAAUUUGUCAAAUGACAAACCAAUAAAUACUCAAAAAGAAAAUGAAAUAGCUAGAAAUCUAGUAAGGCAAAUAAAUAGAAUUAUAGCAAAUAAUGGAGCUGAGAAAUUUCCACACAUUUUAUCAAUGCAGGUAGAUCAUGAUCCUCGUCAUGAAGCAUUUUGGUUUGUAGGGGGUGUUGACAUACCAACUGGAGUAAGAAAAUGGAGAAAACAGCAAUCGUGGUAUAAAGAUAGAAUGAAUGAAAAUUUUGACAGACCAGUUCAGUACAUAGGUUCACCGUUUGUAGCAUUAAGAAGCCAUCUUCCACUAAAACCACUGAUUUCAUAUAAUGAAGCUGAAAAUCCAGAUUUCAAAGUUGAAAAGUUUUCAUAUACUCCACAAAACGUUGGAUAUUUCUCAAGUUUCAGACAUGGAACAAAUAUUCCAGGUUUCUGGCCAGGUGAUUAUGAUGAAUUUGGUUUCUUAUCUUACCAUGGCAGAGGACACAUUCUGUCACGAAAAGAUUCAUUUGGACAGGAUGAUAAUUUAGAAGCGUUGCACUGCCAAGCAAUUAAAGCAAGCUUUGGUUGGUUACUAGCACAAGCUAAUUAUCAAGGAUUCACAACAUAUAAUGACAUUACUUACCCAUUGGUUACACAAACUGUUAUAACUAAUGGCCAGUUGUGGUCCUUCUAUGCUUAUCAACUCAACACGUUAGUAAUGCAUAAUGAAAAUAUAGAUGAUAAUCCUAAACACAAUGUUUGUUUUGGUACAAAACCAUUGAAAUUAUAUGAAACUAUUGAGAAUGGAAAAGUCAAAGGUCUGAAUGAAGAUGUAUUGAAAAUGUUAAUACAAUUUUAUUUAAAUCAGCCUGAAGAGAGAGAACAUGAUUUGAAGCCUUAUUUGGGAAAAGAAAAUCAAAUUGUGGCUGACAUAGAAGAUGACAAUAAAAGAUGUUGGCUUGAAAGUAGAUAUAAGCAUUUAGUGUCAAAUAGACCAAAACACUUUUUGUUGCCUGAAACUUAUCUGUGGGAAAGAAUAUACAAAAUCCAACAUAAUACAAGAUUCCAUGAGGCAAAGAGAAGACCUUUUGAACUUGGCAUUUAUCCCUUCAAAAGGCGACUAAAUGAACAUCUGCCUCCAUAUAUUCCUAAAGCUCUUAGACCAUAUCCAAAAAGCAAGAAAAAGUUUGAAACUACUUAUUAUCCAGAUGUAUAAUAUUAUCAUUAGAUAUCAGAUAAUAUAUAUAAUAUUAUACAUGUAUGUAU